AUGUACUAUUCUAUUUUGUUCAUCUAUCUAUCUAUCUAUCUAUCUAUCUAUCUAUCUAUCUAUCUAUCUGAAUCUGUUUCUCUCUGCACAUAUGUUCUGUUCUUUAUCUAUUUUUUCUAUUUCAACCUAUAUUUAUCUAUGUACUUAAUUACCUUCCCCUCUUUCUCCUCUCUGUCUUUCUCUUUAUAUAUAUAUAUAUAUAUAUAUAUAUAUAUAUAUAUAUUUCAACCUAUACUUAUCUAUGUGCCUCCCACAUUUCUCACUCUAUCUAUCUAUCUAUCUAUCUAUCUAUCUAUCUAUCUAUCUAUCUAUCUAUCUAUCUAUCUAUCUAUCUCAAUCCCUUCAUUUUCUACCUAUCUAGCUCUGUUCUUUAUCUAUUUUCAACCUAUACUUAGCUAUCUAUCUAUCUAUCUAUCUAUCUAUCUAUCUAUCUAUCUAUCUCAGUCUGUUCGUAUCUAUCUAUCUAUCUAUCUAUCUAUCUAUCUAUCCGAAUGGGUUUUAUGCUACUUUGUACAUUGUACACAUCCAUUCCGCCCAAUGAUUGAUUGUAACAUCUAUCUAUCUAUCUAUCUAUCUAUCUAUCUAUCUAUCUAUCUAUCUAUCUAUCUAUCUCAGUCUGUUCAUAUCUAUCUAUCUACCUAUCUAUAUGGGUUUUCCGAACUAAAUAGAGAGACGUUUAUUAUCACUGGUGCCUUUGUUUCUCCCCUUUGCCCAAAUCAUGACGAUUUUUCUACUUUUGCUCUACUCUGCUACUUUAUUCUCACCUUCUGUUUCUCUUUCUUUCUUUCUUUCUUUCUUUCUUUCUUUCUUUCUUUCUUUCUUUCUUUCUUACUUUUUCACAAUCUUCCUAUUAACCGCGUUUUCUUCUCUUUCUCACUCUCUCUUAUAUUAUCUAAUCUUCUCUUUCACUCUCUUAUAUUCUCUAAUUUCCUCUUUUUUUCUCUCUCUUUUAUUCUUAAUCUUCUUUCUCUCUCUCUCUCUCUCUUAAAUUCUCUAAUCAUCACAUUCUAUCUUAUUUUCUUUAUUCUUCUCUUUCUUUCGCUCAUACUCUCUAUUCUCCUUUUCUCGCUUAUAUACUCUCUCUCUUUCUCUCAUAUUCCUAACAUUCUCUUUCUCUCUCUCUUAAAUUCUUUAAUCAUCAUCAUCUCUCUCGUAUGUUCUUUAGUCUUCUACUUCUCUCUCUUAAAUUCUCUCUUUCUCUCUUAUAUUUCUCUUUCUCACUUAUAA